AUGCAGUCUACCGUUUCCGUAUUCCUUAUCUGUACCGUCGCCAGCUGUCUUCUGGCUCAACAGAUAGCAUCUGAUGAUGAUUUAUCUGCUGAUAAGAGAGUUCGUCAAUUUGCAUUUGCUAAAAGAUCUCCUUACCGAACAUUUGCAUUUGCCAAGCGAGGAGUCUUUGACGAAGAGGAUGAACAAGUUGCUUCUGAUGUCGAUAAGCGUGCUCGAUUUGCAUUUGCUAAAAGAGGAUAUCGUACAUUCGCUUUUGCUAAACGAGCUUCUCCAUAUGGAUUUGCCUUUGCCAAACGUGGAAUGAACUCAUUUGCAUAG